AUGAGUACAUCGACCCGCCGCGUCUACCCGUCGGAAGCAUCGGAUCAAGCCCACCACGUCCGCAGGUCUACCCGGUGGAUGGAUCCACCUCGUCCACCUCAUCCACAAGUCCGCCGGUCCACCACGUCCACACGUCUACCCGGUGGAUGGAUCCACCUCGUCCACCCGGUGGAUGGAUCCACCUCGUCCACCCGGUGGAUGGAUCCACCUCGUCCACCCGAUCCACCUCGUCCACCCGGUGGAUGGAUCCACCUCGUCCACCGCAUCCACAAAUCCACCGGUCCACCGUGUCUACCCGUCGGAAGUGUUGGAUCAAGUCCACCGCGUCCACAAGUCCACCCGGUGGAUGGAUCCACCUUGUCCACCUCGUGGAUGGAUCCACCUCAUCUACCUCGUCCACAGGUCCACCGAUCCACCGCGUCUACCCGUCGGAAGCAUCGGAUCAAGCCCACCGCGUCCGCAGGUCUACCCGGUGGAUGGAUCCACCUCGUCCACCUUGUGGAUGGAUCCACCUCGUCCACCGCAUCCACAAAUCCACCGGUCCACCGCGUCCACAGGUCUACCCGGUGGAUGGAUCCACCUCGUCCACCCGGUGGAUGGAUCCACCUCGUCCACCCGGUGGAUGGAUCCACCUCGUCUACCCGGUGGAUGGAUCCACCUCGUCCACCUUGUGGAUGGAUCCACCUCGUCCACCGCAUCCACAAAUCCACCGGUCCACCGCGUCCACAGGUCUACCCGGUGGAUGGAUCCACCUCGUCCACCCGGUGGAUGGAUCCACCUCGUCCACCCGGUGGAUGGAUCCACCUCGUCCACCGCAUCCACAAAUCCACCGGUCCACCGCGUCUACCCGUCAGAAGUGUUGGAUCAAGUCCACCGCGUCCACAAGUCCACCCGGUGGAUGGAUCCACCUUGUCCACCUCGUGGAUGGAUCCACCUCAUCCACCUUGUCCACAAGUCCACCGAUCCACUGCGUCUACCCGUUGGAAGCGUCGGAUCAAGCCCACCGCGUCCACAGGUCCACCCGGUGGAUGGAUCUACCUCGGCUACCUUGUGAAUGGAUCCACCUCGUCUACCGUGUGGAUGGAUCCACCUCCUCUACGAGUCCACCGGUCCACCGGGUCCACCGGUCCAAAGCGUCGGAUCAGGCCCACCGCGUCCACAAGUCCACCCGGUGGAUGGAUCCACCUCAUCUACCUCGUCCACAAGUCCACCGAUCCACCGCGUCUACCCGUCGGAAGCGUCGGAUCAAGCCCACCGGAUCCACCUCGUCCGCCUCAUCCACAAGUCCACCGGUCCACCGCGUCCACCCGUCGGAAGCGUCGGAUCAAGCCCACCGCAUCCACAAGUCCACCUUGUGGAUGGAUCCACCUCGGCUACCGUGUGGAUGGAUCCACCUCAUCCACAAUCUACCCGGUGGAUGGAUCCACCUCGUCCACCUUGUGGACGGAUCCACCUCGUCCACAAGUCCGCCGGUCCACCGCGUCCACCCGUCGGAAGCGUCGGAUCAAGUCCACCGCAUCCACAAGUCUACCCGGUGGAUGGAUCCACCUUGUCUACCUUGUGGACGGAUCCACCUCGUCCACCUCGUCCACAAGUCCACCGCAUCCACCUGUCGGAAGCGUCGGAUCAAGUCCACCACAUCCACACAUCUACCCGGUGGAUGGAUCCCACUGA